UAAAAACACCCCUUCCUCUUACAUCGAACAAGCCACAAAGUUGCUAAAAACACAGCAAAAUCUUAGGCUUUUUGUCGGUCCAUUACAUUCCCAUGGCUUCCAAGAGAUUAGCUGUCCUUGCUCUUGCAUUGUUCGCCUUCAAUUUGCAAGCCACCCUUGGGGAAAUAACAUGUGAACACCUUGACCAAGACACCUGCGCCUACGCCGUGGCAUCCACGGGCAAGCGCUGUGUGCUAGAGAAGCACGUCAAGAGGAGCGGAGAAGAAGAAUACACUUGCCGCACGUCUGAAAUCGAAGCCGAUAAGAUCAGGAACUGGAUCGAGAUCGACCAGUGCGUUAAAGCCUGCGGCAUCGACCGGAAUUCAUUUGGCAUAUCGUCAGAUUCGCUCCUCGAGUCUCGCUUCACGGAAAUGCUUUGCUCCCCUCAAUGCUACAACAGCUGCCCCAACGUCGUCGACCUUUACUUCAACCUCGCCGCUGGAGAAGGUGUUUUUCUUCCGAAACUAUGCGAGGCACAACAAGGAAAUGUGCGCAGAGGAAUGUCAGAGAUCCGAAGCUCGGGUUUGGUUGCACCGGGACCCGUUGGCGGUGUGGAGUUCAUGGGAGUUGCCCCAGCAUUUCCACCGUACUAAAACUAUGAUUGAACGGACAUUUUCACGGAGUUGUAGUAGUAUAAAUAAAUGAAAGUUGCACUAGCUAGGGUGGUUUCGCGAGCCGGGUUCAAGUGCUCGGACCAGCGUCAUUUGGUUCGUGCAUGCUGUAACCCAUGAGCGUGGCGUGUUCAAUCCAAUAAGAUGCUACUUUCUAAUA